UCAGAAAAACGGCGAGGAUGCUAAGCUUUGUCCAAGACCCUGUUAUUCUGUUAUUUACCUUGGAUGGGAAAUUCAACAAUUAAAGUAGUGAAAGCAUAGAUUACCUGAACAGAGGUGCUACAUGCACUUCCAAGAAAAUUUGUUUUGGAGUCCAGGUUCUUGAUCAGUUCAUCUUAGUCCUGGUGGUGAGAAAAUUUGUUGUUGGAGUGAAGAGUCUGUAAUGAUCAACACUUACAAAGUUGUAUUAUGCGGCAAGACUGGUGUAGGAAAGACAUCCAUUUUUCAACAAAUGUGUGGUUCAGCAGGCUCAAUGAAAAGUGGAAAAGCUGUUCAAAAGACAGUGAUGAAUCAUGAGCGUGAAGUGAUAAUUAAAUUACAAGAUAGUGAUAACACAGUUAAGUUUAACCUAUGGGACACUGUUGGACUAGAAAGCCAUGCUAAGUUAACACGGUCUCAGUUCUUGUUGAGCCAAGCUGUUCUGUUUGUCUACAGUGCAGAUGAUAAGGAAUCUCUCGACCAGUUAGCUGACCUGCUACCUCUAGCAAGAAUUAAUUCACAGGGAGCUUGCUUUAUUUUGAUUCAAAACAAAAUUGACUUGACAGAAACUGUCAGUGCAGAGGACGUCAGAGACUGUUUUCCAAACAAUCCUUUCACUCUUGAAUUUAGAACGUCUGCUGAAACUGGUGAUGGUAUCAAGGAAAUGGUACAGUCAGUGGCUCAGCAUUUGUUCAAGAAAGCCACACCCAUGAAAUCAAUAGGUCGCCAUACUCUUAAUGAUAGAGGUGCAACAUCAAGUAAGUGCAGCGCUCAUUUCAAUAAUGGAUCAAUGGAUGUCAUACAGUUGCAAAUGGAAACAGCACCUCGUAGGAGAAAGAAAUGCUGCCAUCAUUAAAACAAUAACAAACUUGGCAGAUGAAUUUAUUGGUGAAUAUAUGGUGUACAUUGAAGAAUAGUAGGCUGGGAUUUUUCAGCCAAAUUUUUAUGGCUAGAGCCAUUUUCAUAGAUAUGUUUAAGAGUGGGUUUUAAACAUAUUACUUGGGGGAAGUUUUACAAUAUAAAAGAAAAAAGAACAGUAAGUUCAAAAAACAAAAGAAAAGAAAUCAGUGUAUGAAAAUCUGUUUACUGAAUGGGCAUUGUCAACCAUAAGUGCACAUGUGCUUUGUUCUAACUUGCUCAGCCAUGCAAGUAUUUACUUUCAUUUUCCAUCUGUUUAUUUCAAACUUUACCACAACAAAAUUCUAUUAAUAGACAGAAGUUGCAGUGCCUAUGUCAUACAAUUUUGUAAACUUGUAUACCAUUAUGGUUAUGUAUUUGUGUUUAUUUUUUAAUUUGUUUUUGAGAGCCAUGAGUUUAUCCGUAUUUUAUACUGUCAAGUGUCACCCUUGAAAAAUAAAGUUGAUUUUAUUUUCAUUUUAA